CGGGGAUUACUAUCUACUAUCUACUCUAAUCAAAAUCCUUAAAUAAACCUGACCUUUUGUGAAGUUUCCAGGUGGGUUCGGAUGUCCAGUCCUCCUUCUCAGAAAGCCUCCAAUAAUAUACUGCCAGUACUCGUAGAGACAGAAGAGCCAAUAGUCAACGAGCCAUGGAUCGUAGUCCUGCCCGUAGUGUGAGGUCCAUUGUAGCAGCUGCUCCCAGUGACAGGAAGCACCCUGGGAAAGCUAUAAUGGCAGGUGGUAUUGCCGGAGGUCUUGAGAUUAUGAUAACAUUCCCUACCGAAUACGUAAAGACUCAGCUACAGUUGGAUGAGAGGUCUGCUAAACCACGCUUCAAGGGGCCACUGCACUGUGUCUCACUCACUGUAAAGGAGCAUGGGGUACUAGGACUUUAUAGAGGACUCUCUUCAUUAUUGUAUGGAUCUAUUCCUAAAGCAUCCGUCAGGUUCUCAGUUUUUGAGUUUCUCAAGAACAGAAUGUCCACCGAGACUGGUAGGCUGACACAGCCUCAGCGUUUGCUUGCUGGACUUGGUGCUGGUGUCAGUGAAGCCAUCUUGAUAGUGUGUCCCAUGGAAACUAUUAAAGUGAAGUUUAUUCACGAUCAGACCCAACCCAAUCCAAAAUAUAAAGGAUUCUUCCAUGGUGUGAGGACUAUUAUUAAACAAGAAGGUAUCAGAGGCACAUACCAAGGUCUCACGCCAACCAUACUUAAGCAAGGCUCUAACCAAAUGAUCCGAUUCUUUGUCUACGAGAACCUCAAGCACUGGAUCCAAGGAGGCGACUAUUCCAAGAACAUUGGUACCGUGAAGACAGCAUUGUGUGGUGCAACUGCAGGAGCUGCUAGUGUGUUUGGUAACACUCCAAUUGAUGUGGUUAAGACCAGGAUGCAAGGACUUGAUGCUCAUAAAUACAAGAGCACUUGGGAUUGUGUUAAACAAAUUGCAAGAAAUGAAGGAUUUAGAGCUUUCUACAAAGGUACUACGCCAAGACUAGGACGAGUGUGUGCUGAUGUUGCACUCGUGUUCACACUGUACGAGCAUGUAAUGCGCCUACUGGACUACGUAUGGAAGACAAACUAGACAAAUUUACUAAUAAUUAUAAAUAAUUAUAAUUUUUAGACCACUAAUAUUAUAUUUAUUGUCACUAUUAUUAUUAUUAUUAUUAAAAGUACAUACUGGUAGACCUCAUGCAUAUUAUUAUAAUUAUUUUAUCAUGAAAAGAAGAAACUUGUCUGAAAUAAUAACAA